AUGAAAUCUUUCAUCAAAUGUCUUUUGCGAUUCGAAGGUAAGGGUACAGACCUUCAUGAGGGCAUACUUGGUACUGUCAGUGCAUAUUAUGGAUGUGUUGAAGCUCAAGGAAGGGGGACUUUACACUGUCAUAUGUUGAUAUGGCUGGAAGGUGGCCUCAAUCCUAAUGAGAUCAAGGACCGAAUAUUACAAAAUGAAGAACAAAGCUUUAAAGAAUGUCUUCUUCAAUACCUGGAAGAUACAAUCUCGACAUGUAUUCCUGAACUUCCUGAGGAAGACAUAUCAAUACCCAAUCAAACUUGUCAUCCAUGUUCAACUCGAGGUGUGAAUUUUCAGAACACCACUGAGGAAGAUGGGUUAGAGACAAUGCGAAAGAAAGACAUACAUCUUCUUGCUAAAAAAUGUCAGACUCACAGACAUUUGAAAACAUGCUGGAAAUACUGGAGAGGCCCACCAGAACCAAAAGAAUGUCAAUUUGAUCUAGACAAAAAAAAUAUACAUCUGAUAAGCCUGACUGAUCCAAUCACUGGUGAAAUUACCUUAAAGUGCCUAGAUGGUCUAGUGAAUCAUUUUAAUGCAAGCAUAUUGGAAGCCAUGAGGUGUAAUAUGGAUAUAAAAUUCAUCGGAUCAGGACCAGCCGCAAAAACAAUACUGUAUUAUAUAACUGACUAUAUCACAAAGUCUCAGUUAAAAACUCAUGUUGCAUUAGCUGCAAUGGAAACAGCAAUACAUAAAUUAGAAAUAUAUGAUCCGAAUGAUGAUGAUUGCACACUGCGAGCGAAGAAAAUGCUGCAAAAAUGUGCUCAUUCAAUGAUCUCUCACCAAGAAUUGUUGGCUCAGCAAGUCUGUUCAUAUCUGAUGGAUUUUGAGGACCACUUUACAAGUCAUGAGUACCGUGGAUUGUAUUGGACAAAUUUUGAAUCCUUUGUCGAAGAAUGCAAUCCAAGUCCUGAGUGUAAUCAGUCAUCAAUAAUAGAUGAUGAUACUGUACCAAAAAUCAGUCACAGUCAUAGUGGUGAUACUGAAGGAGCACUUGAUGAACCUAAUGAGGAAUUUGAACAUAGACCGGUUGAAGGAACUCUGGAUGAUGACGGAGUUUAUGUUGAACAGCUCCAAAAUGAUGAAAUCAGAAUUGGUAGUGACAAUUUUGGAAAUCUUGUGCCUAAAGCCACACAAGUUAUGGACUACUUACAUCGAGAUGACAAGUUCAGCAACAUAUGCAUA